AUGGCUUGGUAUAUCGAAGAACAGGGAAAAGUCUACAUGGAUUAUAAUGCAUCCACACCAAUCGAUAAAGAUGUUGAGCGAUCUAUGGUGAAUGCAUUUCGAAUUUGGGGUAAUCCAAGCAGUAACAAUGAACUUGGGCAAAAAGCAAAGGAUAUGAUUGAGGAAGCAAGAGAAAAUGUCGCCAGAUUGUUGCAUGUUACCGACAAGGAAGUAUUUUUCACAUCAGGUGGAACUGAGACCAAUAGCUGGGUGAUAUACAACUGUAUUGAACAUCGGAAAGCAGUCUGGGGGCGAGACUAUAAACCACAUAUCAUGGCCUCUGCUAUUGAGCAUUCAUCGAUUCUAGAACCGUUGCGCGACCUAAAAAAGAAACAAGAAAUUGCAGACCUGACUGAAAUCGAUAUUGAUCUGACAACCGGUCAAGUAAAAUUAGAUGAUUUGGAAGAUGCGUUCUGCGAUCGAACUUGUUUGGUAUCAGUAAUGAUGGCGAAUAACGAAACGGGCAUUAUACAGCCUGUUGCUGCAAUUGCUGAAAUUACUAGAAAAUAUGAGAACAAAUUUGGAAGUCGAAUAUUUGUACACAGUGAUGCAUCCCAGACUAUCGGUAAGGUUGAUGUCAAUGUGAAUGCGUUGAAUGUUGAUUUUGUGACCGUUACGGGGCAUAAAUUUUAUGGUCCACGAAUUGGAGCGCUGGUAGUAAGAGCUGAAAGCAAAGUGCCUCUGAGGGCGAUGUUUCUGGGCGGUAAUCAAGAACGAGGUAAACGGGCGGGCACAGAAAAUACGCCGAUGAUCGUCGGUUUGGGAAAGGCAGCACAAGUGGCAUUAAGUCGCCUUCAAGAAUAUUCAGAGCAUAUGCAGAAAAUACGAGACUAUUUCGAAAAGCGUCUCAAAGAAGCGCUCAGUAAUGAGAUUGUGAUUAAUUUCGAAACUUCGGAACGUCUGCCAAAUACCAGUAGUGUGGCAUUUGUGAAAUACGCAGGAGAUGCUUCCGAACUACUCUCUAAAUGUAAAUCAUUUAUUGCUAGCACUGGAGCUGCGUGUCAUGCAGCCACUCAGCAAUGUUCUCAAGUACUGACGGCGUGUGGUAUUCGUGAUGAGUUGGCACUUCGGACGGUACGAUUUAGUUUCGGUAGAGAUUCAACAUAUGAUGAAGUGGACCGAGUGGUGAAUGAACUUAAGGCGAUUAUGUUUAUGGGUAAAUAUGGUAGUUCGCUGUUAAAUGUCAUCAACAAAGGACCCAUCUCGGGUUUCUAA